AGCUAGUCAUUUCCUGAGAAUGAUCUGCCCUUUGCCUACUGCAACUUUUUCAUUGUUUCCAGUUUUGUUUCUUUGGGAAUGCUCAUUGCUACUUAACGGAAAGCACUCCAACUGAAAUCAAAACCUAGAAACAUUAUCUACUUUUGCUGGAAUUAUUUAGAGAACUACCACUUGGGUUCAAAAUCCUUUUUAAAUUUCUUUGUAUUCAAAUAUCUGCACUCACUAAACAUCACAACCCCACUUUGAGUUGGAACUAAUGAACUUGUAACUUGGAUUUUAUACAUACCCCUGCGGAUACAAUGUGUGUUCUUCUUCUGGUAGUGUUGUUACACUUACAGGUUGCUGAGGGGUCUGCAGGAUCCAGUCUGACAAUAGAUGAUGUCCGUAUUACAGCACUACCUUCAAAUGAGGUGAACAGCGGGGACAACAUCACAAUAGCAUGCUUUCUAAACAUCAGCACAUUUGGACAUUUUACAGUUGAUUUUGAGUACAAGUUGCUGAAGGAUUAUAUAACAUUCCACACUGUGAAGACAUCUGAUAAAAUAAUGCAAUUCAAAAUAGCACCUGCUUGGAUUACACAUUCUGGUAUCUAUCAGUGUCAUGUAAAAGCUCAAGAGAAGGAAAAAGAAAGCACAGAAUUAAAGAUCAACGUCAAAGGUGUAUCACAGCCUGAGUUAUCCGUGAGCAAAUCUGAAGUAAUUGAAGGUGAACCAGUGCACUUGACUUGUUUGGUCAAAGAGGAAUAUGCUUUUUUUCUAUUCAGUUUCUACAUAGCAUCUGGAAACAAAGAUCCAAAAGUAAAAAAGAUUAGAAGUUAUAAAAAUGUUGCCAAGAUUACACUUACAGACUGGGAAGAUAAAACAGUACCUAUUAUUGUACGUUGUCAAGCUGAGCUCUUAGGAAUAGACGGUGCAAUUUCACCAAAAAGUGAAACACGUUUAAUAGCUAUCAAGGAUGUAUUUGCAACUCCAAAAAUAAACAUUUGGCCUUCAAAUAAUGUAACAGAAGCGGACAAUGUGAACAUUACAUGUACAGGAAAAAAAAACCCUUCUUUCAGAGGUCCAUUUGAAAUCAUAUUAAAAGAAGGACAUCGAAUACUGGCUACAGAGAAAAACAAUGAGUUUGUGAGUUAUUUAUUACGCAGUGCAAAAAUAAAUGACAGUGGAAUAUAUGAGUGUAUGGCAGAAUCAAGUACAGUCUCAAAAAAGGAUUUUAGACAUGUCUAUGUGGGAGAGCUUUUUUCAAAACCAUCCUUCAAAAUCUGCCCGUCCUCAGCAUACAGAAAUAGAACCAUAAGUUGCACUGCGACUUUUUCAAAAAAAGCUCAAAACGCAACAGCUGACAUCAUGCUUCUUAAAGAUGAUAAUGUACAAAUACAUAGGAGACUUAGAAUUACAGAAAUGAGUGAGACUUUACAAUACAAGACUCAGGAAUCAGCUGGUGGAACAUACUUGUGCAAGGUCACACUGAAGAAUAUUACAAAAUUAAGUGAAAAUUGCUCUCUUUCUGUUCCAGCUUCUAUUCCAGAAUUUUCAUAUAACACCAAAUCCACCAAGGUACUCCUGGGGGAAAAUGUGACUAUGUCAUGCUACUCAAAACAAGGGACUCCCCCAGUACAGUACAAGUUCUACAGAGGAGUUAAACUACUUGGCAUUGUUACUAUGAACAAACCACAGCCUGCAACACUCACAGUGACUGUGGACAGUGUUCAACACACUGGAGAAUAUAGAUGCACUGCUGAAAACAGCAUUACUAUAGCACAGCAUAGUAAACAAAUGCAAAUCAGAGUAAUAGUCCCAAUCCGAACUGCAAGCUUAUUGGUCAUACCUGAAAAUGGUGAAGUAGAAGAUGGAAAGGAGUUGAUAUUUGUAUGUUCUGCAAACAAUGGUUCUUGGCCAAUCACAUUUUCAUUGUAUCGAGUAAAGGAGCAGAAACCUCCCAAGCAGAGAAAGGAAAAUGCAGUGUCGGCAGCUUUCUUUCACAAACCUGUCUCAUCUGAGACACAGGGACAGUAUUACUGCACAGCUACAAACAAUGCUAAUAUGACUGCACAAAGUCCCGUCAUCACCAUAACAGUCCUAAUGGCCACCUGGAAAAAGAUUCUUAUUGCAGGAAUCAUACUGACGGUGCUAGCUGUGAUCAUUUUUCUGGUUUACUACAACCACUUUAAAAAACAAAAAGCUCUGAUGAAGAAUGUUGAAAUAUCAAAAAAAACAGCAACUAUGGAUUACAAUAUGAAGCCAGCAUCUGAGCAAAUAAAUGAACAAGAUGUUUCCCACAUAACCAUAGAUGAAACAAACAAUGUGAAUUCUAAAGUGGAAAAAUGUACUGAUGAAACACAAGAUGCAAAUCACAAAUUAGAUGGAUAGCACAAUAUAAUUUUCUUUCAGAAAUCUAGCUGUAUUUUGAAUAUAGAAGUGUGCAGUUUGGAACAUUUUUAUGAUAUCAAAAAUGCAUUUGGAAAUCAUGGACAUGGGCUUCAACAUUAUAUGGUGAGCUAUAGUUUAAUGAGGUUUGGAAUCCUUAACAUUAUGUGAAGUGGUAAAUGCUUCGCUUGAAUACGUACAGGAACAGAAUAACAGAUCAAAAACGCAUCGUACAACAGAAUGCAUAACACUCUCUGGAUCCUACAAACCCGACAUCUGCUGCUUUGUAUAUACCAAAAUGCUUUUGUUGCAAAUGA